AUGGAAGGACAAGAAGACUGGACUGAGGAGUAUGAAGAGGAGCAGCUGGAUUAUGAACCAUCUGCAGAUGACCAGAAUGCACUCCUCGGAGUAGGAGAACAAGGAGAAAGAACAGAGGAAUACGAGGAGGAAUACAUGAAGCAUGACGGAGAAUUGGAUGCAGAAACUGAGGCUUUUGGUGCAGAAUUGGAGGACUUAUUACAAGGUGACCUAGGCAUCAACAUGGUGUUCAUCCUGUCAGAAAAGUUCUGGGCUACAGAGGGGCAAGAAACCACUCUGGAGGGAGACGUGUUUUCCCAUGAGAGUUUGAAUGCAGGUUGGCAUAAGCAGAAGAAACACCAUAGCAGCAAGCAAGCAAUCCUAGGACAGAAGGAACUACCAACAAGCUGGCUGCAGAGCAGCUUUGCUUUCCCAAACCCACCAAAGAGAUGGCUAACCACCUCAAACCCUUGUUCAUAA